AUGGCGGGCAUGUCUGUGCCGUUUCUCAGCAGGCUACCUUGGACGCUGAAAUCCCGUCGGAGACAGCCCCCCUCCUUCUUCUCCUCUUCUCCCUCUCCCCCUCCAGCUCCAGGAGCCAAGAGACCAUGA